AUGGACCUGACCAUAGGACUGAAGAGCCGACCACAACUGAAAGAGGUGGAGGGGGUCCCACUGCAAGCUGCGGCUGUAGAGAACUGGAGCCAGAUUCAGAGCUUUGAGGCCAAGCCAGAUGAUCUCCUCAUCUGCACUUACCCCAAGUCAGGGACAACAUGGAUUCAAGAAAUUGUGGACAUGAUUGUACAGAAUGGGGAUGUAAAUAAAUGCCAGCGAGCGAUCAUUCAGCACCGCCACCCUUUUCUGGAGUGGGCACGGCCGCCCCAACCCUCUGGUGUGGAAAAAGCCAAAGCAAUGCCCCCUCCACGGAUACUGAGGACCCACCUUCCCACUCAACUGUUACCUCCAUCUUUCUGGGAAAAGGACUGCAAGUUUCUAUAUGUAGCUAGAAACGCCAAAGACUGCAUGGUUUCCUACUACUAUUUCCAAAGGAUGAAUCAAAUGCUUCCUGAUCCUGGUACUUGGGAGGAAUAUUUCGAAACCUUCACUAGCGGAAAAGUGGCUUGGGGUUCCUGGUAUGACCAUGUGAAAGGAUGGUGGAAGAUGAAAGAAAGAUAUCAAAUUCUUUUCCUUUUUUAUGAGGACAUAAAGAAGGAUCCAAAGAAUGAAAUUAGGAAUGUGAUGAAGUUCAUGGGAAAGAAUUUAGAUGAAACAGUACUAGACAAAAUUGUCCAUGAAACAUCAUUUGAGAAAAUGAAAGAAAAUCCUAUGACAAAUCGUUCUACAGUUCCCAAGUCGAUCCUGGACCAGUCCAUUUCCCCAUUCAUGAGAAAAGGAACAGUUGGGGAUUGGAAAAACCACUUCACUGUGGCUCAACAUGAGAGAUUUGAUGAAAUCUAUAGGAAAAAGAUGGAAGGAACCUCAAUAAGCUUCUGCACAGAACUAUGA